UAACCACUGUAAAAAUAAUCUUAGCAGGUCCAACUCAACUUAUGAUGCAACAACUUACAACAGAAAUUCUAGUCCCCAUUGAGGACUACUUGUAAUGUGAUUGUAGAAAAUGUUACCUUCCCAAUCAUUCAUUUAACAAUCUCCUUGAACCCAGACAAGCUACAAAGCUUGCACUCCAGCAAUAGUUUUCUAAUUUACUUUACAAUUUUAAGUCUAAUAUCCAUUCCUCUUAACUGGGAAAAAAAUUCUUUUCUUGGAUCUCUGAAAUAACCAAGUUUUCUUCCCAGGAUCCAAUAACUAAGGAUACCAUGGAGAUGUUCUGUCUAUUGGUCGCUUCAUUUUAAUGCAUGGAGAAGACAAACAAUCACACACCUUUAGAAGUGUAAUGAUAACUGAUAUUGCAAUGUCUCUUUUUGUUUGUUAAACUCCUUCCUUUCUGCAUCAGAGAAUUUCAUAAAUAGAGCAAAUCUGCUUCCGGACUAUUUUUCAUCCCCUCCAUUUCAGCCAAUUAGUUGAUUUUGUCUGAAGCUUUUAAGUGGCAGAACUUUGAUCCUCCAUGUGUCUUCAGCUGUCUCCUUACCAGUGGAAGAGUAUCAUGAAUUUAACAAGAGAAACAAACUGACAAGAUGUUGGGACAGAACAGUCAUCAAUUUGAAGAAAACCGUCUGACCAGAGAGAAUGAGGGCAGCUACCAAGUUUUCACUUCUUGCUGUGACUAAACAGUUUGAUGAUUGGAAAGCAUAUUUACUCCUAAAGAUUUGAUACAAUUUGCAUAUGCAAUGCAUAUCUAAAACUAAUGUAUCUACCAGUUUACAGUAAACAAGAUGUCAACUAUUAUUUAUGCAGUGCUACAUGUCAUCUUAAGUAUAUUUAUCCCAUCUGCUAAUCUACUGGUAAUCAUUGUCGUCUGUCGGUUGAAGAAGAAGAGAUCAAGCAGAAACUAUGUCUUCAUCCUCAACUUGGCAGCUGCUGAUCUACUUGUGGGUGUGAUGUGCAUUGGAGACGCUUUGGAUGAUGCAACAGAUGCACUGUUUGAUACGAAUUUGAUUUUUUGUCUUAUAAGGAUCUGCAUGGGUAUUACUCCUUGUAUUGGCUCUAUUCUCACCUUACUCCUGGUUUCUCUGGACAAAUAUUUGGCAGUGAAACUGCCUCUUCAUUAUCCCUCCCUUAUGAGCAAGAAACAUGUAAUCCUUUCUCUUGUAGUCCUCUGGGUUUUUUCCUUCUUGGUAGGACACAUGCCACUUAUUUCUUCAGGAUUGCGGCAGAACAAAUUGAAAGGUAACUGUGGACUCCUGUCUGCUGCCAAAAGUGAUUACCUCUACAUAAUUUGUUUUGGCAUUUUCAUCCCUGCUUUGUUGAUCUUGGUGUGUUUGCAUAUCUCAAUAGGAAGGAUUGCCUAUCUACAGCAUAAGCAGAUCCAGCGCUUUUGCUUGCAUGCAGCCAUCCCCCCUGUUCAUCUCUGUAACUUCAAAGCUCUAAGGACCAUCCUUGUUGUGAUUGUUUGCUUCAUUGUAUUCUGGGGCCCUUAUUAUGGGACUGCCAUUGUGAAAGCUACCUGUAAAUCCUGCAAUCUGAGCCCACUGUUGAGGGAUUUUUUAUUCCUCCUAGGAGAAACCAAUUCACUGAUAAACCCAUUUGUGUAUUCAUUGUACAACAAGGAUAUAAGGACUGAAUUUGCCAGGAUGAUGAAAUGUAAGGGAAAAGGACAAAUGAAGCCAUGUAAGUCUAUUGAUUUAGCAGUGGCCAAUUCCAGCUUUGGAACCUGAAAUGAUUUAUAAAAUGGAAUUAAGCUGAUCUAAU